CCUAGCAUUUCUGAGCAACUUAGCCCACAUCAUAAUCUGCAACCAUGAAGUGGGUAACAUUAAUUUCAUUUAUUUUCCUCUUUAGUUCUGCUACAUCCAGAAAUCUACAAAGAGUUGCUCGAGGCGCAGAACACAAGAGUGAGAUUGCCCACCGCUACAAUGAUUUGAAGGAAGAGACAUUUAAGGCAGUCACCAUGAUCACAUUUGCCCAGUAUCUCCAGAGGUGUUCUUACGAAGGUCUGUCUAAGCUGGUGAAGGAUGUUGUCGAUCUGGCACAGAAGUGUGUGGCUGACGAGGAUGCUGCUGGCUGCUCAAAACCACUGCCCUCCAUUUUCCUGGAUGAAAUCUGCCAAGUCGAAAAGCUCCGUGACUCCUAUGGUGCAAUGGCUGACUGCUGUAGUAAAGCUGAUCCUGAAAGAAAUGACUGUUUCUUGUCAUUCAAAAUUCCCCAACCAGACUUUGUUCCGCCAUAUGAAAGACCAUCUUCUGAUGUGAUUUGCAAAGAAUACCAGGACAACCGGGUGCCACUCCUGGGACAUUUCAUCUAUACUGUUGCCAGAAGAAACCCCUUCAUGUAUGCCCCAACAAUCCUCAGCCUGGCUGCUGAUUAUGAACAUGCACUUCAAAGCUGCUGCAAAGAGGCUGAUGUCAAUGCUUGCUUGGAUGAGAAGGUACAUCACACAUUUUUGACUGUGGAUGAAAACUAAGCAACCAGGAGUGUGAAGCAGCAGUAUUCCUGUGGAAUCCUCCAGAAGUUUGGUGAGAGAAUUUUCAAAGCACAGAAACUUGCUAUCAUGAGCCAGAAAUAUCCCAAGGCUCCGCUCACCGAAUUGGUUAAAGUUGUAAAUGAUAUUGCAGAUAUCCACAAAGAGUGCUGUUCAGGGGACAUGGUCGAGUGCAUGGAUGACAGGGCAGAGCUUGUGACCUAUAUUUGCUCUAAACAAGAUGUUUUUUCAAGCAAAAUCAAAGAGUGCUGUGAGAAGCCAGUUGUGGAACGAAGCCAGUGCAUUAUUGAAUCAGAGUAUGAUGACAAACCUGAAGAUCUGCCUUCAUUAGUUGAAAAAUACGUCCAAGAUAAGGAAGUGUGUAAUGGCUUUCAGAAAGACCAUGAUGGAUUCAUGUCAGAAUUUCUUUAUGAAUACUCACGAAGACACCCCGAAUUCUCCACACAGCUGAUUCUGAGAAUUGCUAAGGGAUAUGAAGCACUCCUGGAAAAGUGCUGCAAGACAGACAACCCUGCUGAGUGCUAUGGAAAUGCUCAAGAGGAACUGAACAAACAUGUCCAAGAAACUCAGGAGGUUGUAAAGACAAACUGUGAACUUCUCAACACCCAUGGCGAGGCAGACUUCCUGAAAUCGCUUCUGAUCCGCUACACCAAGAAAAUGCCUCAGGUAUCAACUGAGACCUUGCUUGAAAUUGGCAAGAAAAUGUCAACUGUGGGCACCAAGUGCUGCCAGCUGCCUGAAGACAGACGCCUGCCUUGUUCUGAGGGAUAUCUGAGCAUUGUGAUUCAGGAUAUGUGCAGGAGGCAGGAGACCACACCUAUCAAUGACAACGUCUCCCAGUGCUGCAGCAACUCCUAUGCUGACAGGAGACCAUGUUUCACUAAAAUGGGAGUAGAUACCAAAUACGUGCCUCCUGCCUUCGACCCCAACAUGUUCAACUUUGAUGAAAAACUCUGCUCUGCUUCUCCUGCUGAACAGGAAUUAGGACAGAUGAAAUUGCUUGUCAACCUCAUUAAGCGCAAGCCCCAGAUGACAGAAGAACAAAUAAAGACAAUUGCUGAUGGUUUCACUGCCAUGGUAGACAAGUGCUGCAAGCAAGCAGAUAUUGAGACAUGCUUAGGGGAAGAGGGUGCAAACCUAAUAGUCCAGGGCAGAGCCAUAUUAGGAAUUGGCAUGUAA